AGGCCUUAAGCUAUUCAACAGCAGAUUGUCUGUUCUGACACCACUUCACCCGCACAGUCAAGACAUUUUUCUCUCCUCCAUUUUAGGGUUUCCUGAUCAACCAUUUUAUUUGGUUCAAAAACCCUAGAAUUCCACUACUCACAUGUAAACUAUUACCAUUUAUCUACACAAAUACACAAUGAGAACUGUAUCUCUGCAUCAUCUACUGUAUCUUCUUCUUUUGGUGGCUCACCUGAGCUCCGUCUCAUCUUGGAAAAGGGAGGAGUUCAGAAACUGCAAUCAAACUCCAUUCUGCAAGCGAGCCCGAUUGCGAAAACCCGGCUCAUGUGCGCUCACAGCUACCGAUGUCGCUGUCGCAGACGGCUAUCUCACCGCCAAACUCAUUUCCAAAAACCCAUCACAAGAGAAUGAAGAGCCAAUCAAGCCGUUGAUUCUCACUCUAUCCGUGUACCAGGAUAGUACAUUGCGGCUCAAGAUCGACGAAGACCCGAGUCUGGAUCCCCCGAAAAAGCGGUUCCAAGUCCCCGAUGUGAUUGUGCCGGAAUUCUUGAACAAGAAGCUCUGGUUGCAAAGGGUUUCAAAGGAAACGAUCGAUGGUGAUUCGGAUUAUUCUUCAGUUGUUUAUUUAUCAGAUGAGUACGAGGCGGUCCUUCGACACGACCCGUUCGAGGUUUAUGUUCGAGAAAAAGGAGGUAAGCGCGUAAUUUCGCUGAAUUCAAAUGGGUUGUUUGACUUUGAACAAUUGAGGGUUAAAAAUGAAGGGGAUGAUUGGGAAGAGAGGUUUAGAACGCAUACUGAUACGAGGCCUUAUGGACCGCAAUCAAUUAGCUUUGAUGUGUCCUUUUAUGGGGCUGAUUUUGUUUAUGGUAUUCCUGAACAUGCCACCAGUCUAGCUCUGAAACCCACAAAAGGGCCUGGUGUUGAAGAAUCGGAGCCAUAUCGGCUCUUUAAUUUGGAUGUCUUUGAAUAUAUUCAUGAUUCUCCAUUUGGGAUUUAUGGGUCCAUACCAUUUAUGCUUUCCCACGGUAAAGCUCGGGGUACUUCUGGGUUUUUCUGGUUGAAUGCAGCUGAAAUGCAAAUUGAUGUUCUUGAGUCUGGUUGGAAUUCGGAGUCAUCAAUUUCCCUCCCUUCAGAUCAGAACAGGAUUGAUACUCUAUGGAUGAGUGAGGCUGGUAUUGUUGAUGCAUUCUUUUUUCUGGGUCCUGGGCCAAAAGAUGUUGUUAGGCAGUACACUAGUGUGACUGGAACAUCGGCAUUGCCACAGUUAUUUGCAACGGCUUACCAUCAAUGUAGAUGGAAUUAUAGGGAUGAGGAGGAUGUUGCUAAUGUUGAUUCGAAGUUUGAUGAACAUGAUAUCCCUUAUGAUGUUUUAUGGCUUGAUAUUGAGCACACCGAUGGGAAGAAGUAUUUUACAUGGGAUAGGUUGCUUUUCCCUACCCCAGAAGAAAUGCAGAAGAAGUUGGCUGCAAAGGGUAGGCACAUGGUUACCAUUGUGGAUCCUCAUAUGAAAAGGGAUGAGUCUUUCCACUUGCAUAAAGAGGCUACCGAGAAGGGGUAUUAUGUUAAGGAUGCAACUGGCAAGGAUUAUGAUGGGUGGUGCUGGCCCGGUUCCUCCUCGUACCCUGAUAUGUUAAACCCCGAAAUCCGGUCAUGGUGGGCUGAGAAGUUCUCGUAUGAGAAUUACGUUGGUUCCACUCCUUCCCUGUACAUCUGGAAUGACAUGAAUGAACCUUCUGUCUUCAAUGGUCCAGAGGUGACAAUGCCUAGAGACGCGUUACAUUAUGGAGGUGUUGAGCACCGAGAGUUACAUAAUGCCUACGGGUACUACUUUCACAUGGCUACAGCUGAUGGCCUUGUAAAGCGAGGAGAUGGAAAGGACAGGCCUUUUGUUUUGUCGAGAGCAAUCUUUCCUGGAAGUCAGAAGUACGGAGCAAUUUGGACAGGAGAUAACACAGCGGAGUGGGAUCACCUCAGAGUUUCAGUUCCGAUGAUUUUGACACUUGGUCUUACUGGAAUCUCAUUCUCUGGUGCUGAUGUUGGUGGGUUUUUUGGCAAUCCUGAUACCGAAUUGUUAGUUCGUUGGUAUCAACUAGGUGCCUACUAUCCCUUUUUUAGGGGCCAUGCUCAUCAUGACACCAAAAGACGAGAACCUUGGUUAUUUGGAGAGCGAAACACAGAACUUCUAAGGGAAGCUAUACAUGUUCGUUACAUGUUACUUCCAUAUUUCUACACAUUAUUUAGAGAGGCGAAUAUCAGUGGCAUUCCAGUUGUGCGACCACUUUGGAUGGAGUUUCCUGCUGACGAAGCUACUUUCAGAAAUGAUGAGGCUUUCAUGGUUGGAAAUAGUAUUUUGGUGCAAGGAAUUUAUACUGAGCGAGCUAAACAUGCAUCAGUCUAUCUCCCGAAUGGACAAUCUUGGUACGACCUGAAAACUGGAACUGUAUACAAGGGAGGUGCAACCCACAAAAUAGAGGUUUCAGAAGAGGGUGUUCCUUCUUUCCAAAGGGCUGGAACCAUCAUUCCAAGGAAGGAUCGGUUUCGUCGAAGCUCCACACAGAUGAUGAAUGACCCAUAUACCCUGGUGAUAGCUCUUAAUAGUUCGAAAGCAGCUGAAGGUCAGCUCUAUGUUGAUGAUGGCAAGAGCUUUGAAUUUGAGCAAGGGGCUUACAUCCAUCGUCAUUUUGUAUUCUCUGAUGGGAAGCUUACAUCUUCGAAAAUGGCAGCUUCUGGCCCUGGCAAAAGCCAAUUUUCCUUGGAUUGCAUUGUUGAGAGGAUCAUUCUACUAGGACUCUCUCCUGGACCAACAAGCGCCCUUGUUGAACCAGCAAACCAGAAGGUUGAAAUUGAACGUGGGCCACUUUAUCUUCGAGGGCGGCAGGUCCCAGCUGUUUUAACCAUCCGCAAACCCGACGUCCGGAUUGCAGAUGAUUGGAGCAUUAAAAUUUUGUAAGAGCUGGAGACUGUCAAUAUAUUUCCAUGCAAUUGGUGAAACCCUGUUUCUAGGUUCUUGUUAUCAACUGCAAGAAAAUUUGUGGCAAAUUCAAGAAAGCAACCGAGUUGUGUUUGGGAAUAUUUUUAUAGAAUUGUUAUAUGGUAUAACUUCACAUUUUACCAGUCUCAGCUAACAUACGAUCAACUUGAUUUGUCUAUGAAAUGUUUGAGGUGAAACUCUUUGCAAUCAACAGUUGAUACGAGAUGAAAAUGACAAUGAGGGUAAAAUUGAGAGAAAUUGGAGAAGAGGAGUUGCUUCCCCAAUUCACCCCAAGUAGGACUGAUUACAAGAAUAUGAUAGUGACGUGUGCUUCUUGAUAAUUAUGUCAUUCUAUAUUUAUAUCUGUGUUAACUAUAUAUGUGUGUGCGCGCGCGCGUGUAUUUCCUAAGCUAAUUAUUUCUUAUUAAUAAAAAUUAUCCUUAGUGAUAACUUAUUUUCACCCA